AUCUCACAAGACGAUAAUGGUGGAAAGUUUUUUUUCUUCUUCUUCUUCUUAUUCUUUUGUUUUCAUUCUCUUCUUGGAGCAACCGGAGAAAACCCAUUCUGCGUUUGUUUUUUUUUUUUUUUUUGUUCGUUGUCAAAAAUUUUAUUCUCUUUUUCAUUACUAUAGUAGUGUUCAUGGUACGCUUUUGACAGAAUAAUUUAUUCGGAAAAAAAAAAAAAAAAAAAAUUGAAGCGGUUUUUUCUCUUGUAUCAGUUAUUAAACUUUUGUUCGCCUAUUCAUUCAAACAAAUAUUUGUUUGUCUGCCAAAGAUACUGUUUGAUAUUUGCAUGUCGGUGUUUUUUUUUCUUCUUCUUCUUCUUCUUCUUCUUUAUUAUUUAACAUCAAGAGUUAGAUUAUUUUGCAUUAAGAAAUACAUUGUUUGUUUGUAGAAUUUUUUUUUUUUUUCGUUUGAAUCAUCAUCCAAAUUUUUCUGGCCAUUUCAUAACUGAUCGAUAAUCAAAAUUAAAAUUGAAUCCAAUUGUUAAUCAAUUUUAGAAUAUGAUACUGGUUUUAUUUUCAUAAUAAUUUGUUCAAAUCAAAUCAAAUCAAAUCAAUAAUUACCAACAUGAGUAAAUUUCAUAUGAGUUCAACGGAUUAUGGCCAAAAUGUUGGCAGUAAAGAUAAAAUUAUUCUGGCCGAAGGUUAUCUUCCUACUAAUAAAAUAUUCAAAAUUGAUCAAUAUCUACGUAUGUUUGGCUUUUUAUCGCAAAAUAUUGAUGAAUAUAUUCAGGGCAAUAUUCGUGGAAAGCUUAAAAAUCCAUCAAAACGGAUGUAUAGUUUUUUGGUACUGAGCCUAUUGUCAUUUGUUUGUUUCCGUAACAUAAUACUUGUAUUUACUGAAAAUGUUACUUUACGUAAAUUGCUUGGUGAACCACAAAGUGGUAGGCCAGCCGAUCAAAUAUUGAUGUCGAUGACAAUCUGGUCAAUAUAUCUUGCCCUAUUAUGUAGUUUAUUUUAUCGUGGCGAAAAGAAUCAGCUUUUAUCAUGGCUAACACCGUUUGCUGUAUUUAAAGGACUUAUUUCACCAUCAAGUAUGGGUCUCGAUGUUGGCAUGACAGACGAAUGGUUCCGUAAAACAAAAAAAAUGUUGAAUAAAUCGAUUCUUUUGACAAAUCUGCAAGCAUUGCUUUGUAUGUCAAUGUUCUGUAUGAUGGCAUAUCGUCGUCAUCAUACACAUUCGGUACCAUCAACCAGUUCACUAUUUUGGACUAUAAUACUUUGUCUUUGGACAUAUUUUGGUAGCGCAUUAAUAUUUGUCAGCUAUAGUUACUUUUAUACAUUAGCCACCUAUUUUCGGCUUCGUUUCUGCAAAGUUAAUAAUGAUAUUGAGACAAUUAUUUCACCGGAAACACGUCUCAAACCUAAUGAACGUUGUGCAAUGCUUUAUCAUAUUCUUUGUGAACACAAUAAAAUUUGUGUUGAAAUACAUGAAUAUAAUCGUUUCUGGUCCAAAUACAUCAUGCAAACAUAUUUUCUGUUUGUUGCAAUCAUUUGUUAUACUUCAUUCCAGGCAUUCUUCACUUAUAAUACAUAUACUGUUCGUACCGUUAUGUUUGCCAUGACAUUAGAGGCUAGCUAUCUUCUUACACGAGUAUCUAUUGCAGCAUCACGUAUUGCAAAUGAGGCACAUGCAUCAUAUGGCCGAUUGAUUCGUGUUACAUUCAAUAAAUAUCCAGUUGAAUUACAGAUUCAGCUUCGCAUGUUCAUUCAACGACUUUCCGGACCAACAAUCGGAUUCUAUUGUUUGGAUAUAUUUGAAAUUACAUAUUCAACAUAUGCAUCGAUUAUCGCCGCCCUUGGCCAGAAUUUCUUAUUGAUCAUUGAUUUUGUACGAUCAUAUGCGCAAUUAAAAGAAGAACAUUAUACAUCAAGUGAUCUAGAUAUAAGCGAUGUAUUCAAUUCUACAUUAGAUUUGAAUUCAUUGAUCAAUGAUGAAAUACAAUUUGUUCAAGAAAAAUUGCUUUAAAAUAAACAAAUGUGU